AUGGCACCACCGCUGCCGACAGAGGCGCCACCGCCGCUGCCGGCGAUGCGGCCACCCAGCCAGCAAGAGGAGGGGGAGCUGGCGCGGCCCGGGGCUGCGCAGGCUGCAAACCACCUGGAAACGGUGCAGCAGGCAAUCGCUGAGCGGGCCCGGAAGAAUCGGGAAGCAGCCAAAGCGGAGGAGGAGGCGGCAGCAGCAGCGGAGGCACCAGCGGGCGAGGCCACGCCGCCGCCUGUGGCCGCGGUGGGAGCGGCGGCAGCGGGGCCCGAUGGCCGCAAGCAGGCGGCGCCACAGGGCGGCGCUGCAGGCGAGGAGGCGCAGCGGCCCAGCAGCGCGGGCGGCGGCGUGGGCGGCAGCCAGCCGCAGGCCGCGCCGCGGCCCGCCGCCAAGCUGGUGGGCAUCAAGGCCAACCGCUCCCUCGCUGGCAACAUCCAGAUGCGGCCCAGGAGCGCCACCGGCACCCGCGGCAAGAAGGAUUCCUCCCAGGAUGCUGAGCUGGCGGCGGAGCUGCUCAGAACGGAGCAAGACCUGGGCAGCGGCGGUAAGGGGGCUGCAAAGGCGCAGCCUAUUUCUGCAACCAAGGAGCAGCCUGCCCCAGGGGGGCAGCCUGAUGCAGCCUCCAACGAGCGGCUGGCGCUGCUGGUGCAGCAAGAUGUGCAAGCAGCCGCAGCCAAGCAGACACCGCAGCCGUCGCCGCAGCCGCCACCGCUGCGUGUUGCGGCCCAGGCGCCGGCAGCCGGCCCCGAGCAGCUGCAGCCGGCCAUCCUGCCGCAGCAGGCGCCAGCGCCAGCUGCCGCGGUCGCAGCUGCAGCUGCGCAGCCAGGUGUGCAGGCAGCUGCUGUGGCUGAGUCAGCUCCUAUCACCGCCACUGGGCAUCCCAAUCCGGUGGUGGCAGCAGCGCUGCAGGCUGCAGAGGCGCUCAACCAGGGAGCGCAGCAGCACGCGCAGCCGGAGCAAGCGCAGCAGCAACCGGCGCAGGAAACGGAGGCGCCGCCGCAGCAGAAAGCACAGCAGCCAGCGGCGCAGGAGACGAAGCCACAGCCACAGCAGAAAUCACAGCAGACAGCGCAGCAGGAACAAGCGGAGGAGCCAGCGCAGCAGCGAGUGCGGCAGAGAGGCCGGAGCCGCAGCCGCGGCCGCAGCACCAGCCGGAGCGAAGGAGAGCUGGCCAGCGGCAGCAGGAGCAGGAGCAGGAGCAGGAGCAGGAGCUACAGCAGCAGCAGCAGCUACAGCAGCAGGAGUCGCAGCAGGAGCCGCAGCCGAGAUAGAGGGCGCCGCGACCGUAGCCGAGACCGGCGGCGGGACGAGCGGGACUAUGAGUGGCGGGCCGGCCGGCGAUACGAGCGGUACGGCGGCCGGGACGCCAGGCGGUACAUUUCCCCCGACCGCCCAGCUGACCGGCGCUUUGCGCGGCCCGACGAUUGGCGGCGGGAUGGCUGGCGGGAUGAACGGCACAUGCAGGAGCCCGGCGGCGGCAGGCGUGCUGGCUGGGACCCUAGGGACAGCCGGGCGGCGGCGGCGGCGGUGCGUGAGCCACGACCCGGGCGGCGGGACGAGCGAGAUGCACGGGACGAGCGGGAGCGGCACAGGGACAGCCUCCGGAGCAGCCCCGUGGCGAGCCGACGCCGCACCCGGAGCCCCGGCGUCGCCGCCAACGGCCAGCCCGCCGCGCCGAAGCAGCGGCGGCGCAGCAGGAGCACCAGCCGCGAGCGGCAGCCUGGCGCCAAGCGGCAGCGGAGGCGGUCUCGCUCUGCAGGCUCCCUACCGCCCUGCCUCACUGGGCGCAGCCUUGCCACCGCCACGCUGCGCCAGCUGGCAUCCUUGUAUGGAGCCGACUUUGACUCGGCCGGUCUGUUUGACAAGCAGUGCGAGGAGCUUGAUGCGCUGGCACGCCAGCUGGCGCUGCCCGGGGCGGGCCCCGACCCCGCCGCCGCCCGCCCGCCGCCGUUUUCGGGGCAGGAGUGGAGCUGGCAUGUGGCGGAUACGGAGCUGGUACUGGACAAUGAGCACCAGCCGCCGCGGCAGCUGCCUCUGGAGCCGGCAGCUGCAGCGGCAGCGGCAGCGGCAGCAGCGACCGCGCCAGGCGCUGGGGUGUCGGCAGGGAAGGUGAAGGAGGAGCCUGCAGGGGAGGUCAAGGAGGAGCGCGAGGAGCUGGCCCCGCCACGGCAGGAGCGGCAGCAAGCGGCUGCAGAGCCGAAGCAGGAGGGAGGGGGAGAGGCCCAGCCGGAGCGGGGCCCGGCGGCCGUGCCGGCGGCAGAGCCAGCGGCGGCCGCGGGCGACCCUCGCCGCCGGCCGGCGGCCGCCGCCGAGCUGGCGGCUGCCCGCGCCUGGUACCAGGCCGGCGAGCUGCCGCUGCCGGCCUUUGCGCUGCCCACGGCGGCGCCGGCUGAGUCUGGGCUGAGCUGGUCGCAGGACCCACGGCCGCCCGAGGGGCAGAUGCAGGAGGCCAGCAGCGCCGCGCUGCCCGCCGACGGCGACGGGCUGUACGCGCCGGCGGCGCCCCGCCACGACGACGCCUUCCACCGCUCCAUGGGCGCCGUGCUGGCCUCGGGCGGUACAGAGCGUCCCGCGGAGAUUGAGGAGGGGUACUGGCAGGCGCUGCUGCCAGACCUGACCGGGCACACCACGCCCCGCCAGCUGGACAUGCUGCAGGAGCAGGUGCGGGCGGGGCAGCUGGAGGCUGGCUGGCCCAUCUACCGCGCAUCCGACCGGCUGCACUGCUACCUCACAGACAACCCGCCUGCACUGGCUGACCUGGCAUGGCCGAAUCCCAAGGGCAGCGAGGAGGCGCGGCGUUGGGUGGUGGCCUGUGGGCCGCCAGCCAUGCCUCAGCAGCCGCCGCAGCAGCAGCCGCAGGGAGAGUCGACCGCCGCCGCCGUGGCGGGCGGGCCAGCGGAGGGCGGCGUGCAGCCACAGCCAGAGCCCGAGCAGCAGGGUGCCGAGGAGCAGCAGGGUGGCGAGGAGCCCCAGCAGCAGCAGCCCCAGCAGCAGGAGCAGCAGCGGCAGCUGGAGGAGGAGGAGGCAGCGCUGCGGGCGCUGCAGCAGGCGGCGGCAGGAAAGGAGGCGGCGCUGAGCACCCACCAUGCGGUGCAUCUGCGUGCCGAGCUCCCUCCCCGCCUCACCGCCGCCACCGUGGCGGCACAGAUGGCUGCGCCCGACACCCAGCUGGGGGCAGAGGAUUGGCUGCGGCACAGCAGCCAGCCCGGCAGCGCCGCCGCCGAGCUGCAGCGCCAGGUCAGCAGGCAGCAGAGCUUGCUGCGCAGCACGCGGCAGCCGCUGCCGCGGGUGCACGGCCCGCCGCCGCCGGCCAACGUGGGGGCCGCGGUGCGCCAGCUGCUGCUCACGCGGCGCAAUGCCGACCAGGCCAUGCGCAAGGUACUGGUGGAAGUUGCCACGAAGCUGGUGGAGGAGCGCACGCAGCGGCGGCGCAGCGGCGCAGCCGACCCCCAGCAGCAGCAGCGGUGGCGGCGGGAAUCGCACGGCCGCUAG